CAUGGACACGCCUUGUGAUCCCAGUCUGGCUUCCGUGUGUGUCUCCUACCUUUUGCGUCAUCUGUUGGUGACAGGGAAGAUGGCGGCGCCCUUGGCGAGAGCUGCGAGGAGACCGGCGAUAGGAAGGUUCCUGAGUACCACCGCCGCCCUGUGCAAGCGUGUCCCCCCACUGGGGCCAAUGCCCAACGAGCAGUUUGAGGGGCAAGACGUGCAGUCGCUGGAGAAAUAUCGCAGUUUUGCCCGGUAUUACCAAGCCACUGAGCAGGAACAGAAGAGGUCUCAGUGGUGGAGGACCUACAGACAAUACCAACAGGAAGGAGAAGAUACAACCAGAGAAAAGGCUGAUAUUGGGUUUCCUCAUUUCACACCCCGUAAUGCCAAAACAACUCAGGCUCGGAAGCAGAUACUCCGAGAGAAUCACAGAAAUCCCGAGCUGGAGAGAGCUGCUCGCUUGCGCACAUUAAGGAUUCCCCUGGAUGAGGUCCAAGCAGAAUGGGAGAGAACAACUGGCCGAUCCCACGUGCAACGGGUGGCGGAACAUUAUGGCGUGUUCAAGGAUCUGUUUGGAGAUGCCACCUUUGUCCCCAGCGUCACACUUAGAGUGCAGUACAACAAGGGUGAUGAAUUCCUGAUGCCAGUUUAUCACGGGAAUUUGGUUACCCCAGCUGAGGCGUCUGGUCCUCCUGAAGUGACAUUUGAAGCCGAGGAAGGUUCUUUGUGGACUCUACUGCUCACCAAUCCAGAUGGGCACCUGAAGGAGACAGAUUCUGAAUAUGUACUUUGGCUGGUAGGAAACAUCCCAGGAAACCAGGUGCAUUCAGGAGAACAGAUCUGCCAUUACUUCCCACCAUUCCCUGCCAAAGGCACAGGAUACCACAGGCACAUCUUCCUCUUGUUUAAGCAGGAUCGACGCAUUGAGUUUAAGGAUGAGCUUCGACCAAACCCAUGCCACAGUCUAAAGCUGAGGACAUUUAAGACAUUAGACUUCUACAGAAAGUAUGAGGAGAGUCUCACCCCUGCAGGCUUGGCCUUUUUCCAGUGUGCGUGGGAUGACAGUGUUACCCAGGUCUAUCACCAGUUACUCAACAUGAGAGAACCAGUAUUUGAAUAUGAGCGCUCGCCUAAAUAUCACCCUAAGCAAGUGAAAUACCCUCAUGGAAAACCCUUGCGGUACCUGGACCGUUAUCGAGACUCAGAAGAACCAACUUAUGGCAUUUACUGAGUGCGGAACCAUAUCUCGCCUUGCCCAGUAGACUAAUGGGAGCUGCUUGGCCAAUGGGACAGAAUCUACUACUUCUUCAGGCUAAAAUGCCAUUUUGAAUUUGCAGCCCUACCAUCUUUGGUUCCAUUAAUCCUCUUUUACCCUAACGGGACUCUCUGCACAGUUGCUGUAAUAAUAACUUACUGAAUACUGACGGCAAAUGAGACAUUGGAAUACAAAUGUGCUCCACUCGGGCUGCUUGAGAUAUUGUGGCAUUAGGGUCAUUAAUGAGAUUUUUUGGUUGGUGAAGUGGACAGUGGGGAAUGUCAGUGACUGCUUUUGUACUUAAAAUCAUUAAACCUGUGCCCUUACUGGAGUUGUGGUUUCUUUAUAUUGCAAAGUCUGUUAUUCUUGAAGUAGGAAAAGAAAGCCAAACCAGUUAUGUCCCUUUUAUUUCUCCGGGUUUGACAGUGUAACAGGACGUUCUUUUCGGAGUCAGAACUAUAGCGCAGUAAAUAAAAACACUCCAAUAAGGAUGAAUUAUAUCUUAGUUGGGAUCAAGUACAAGUUACUGAUUUAAGGGGUCCCAUACCUGUACUGUAUAUUGUGGGUCUCUAAACUCAAAUGACUGACAUCAGCCCAGAGCAUGUGCCGUUAAUCAGAAGAAAAUAAGAUGGGGCGCUACCGGGGAAAAAUACUAAAGAACAGAUCUUUGAACAAAUGGUAUUUGCUAAAAGCUGCAGGUCUAAAUACAGCUGACCAAAACCAGAAUUUGCCUCUGGAAACCCCAACUAGCCAAAAUUCCAUCA